CCCACGUCACGGCAGACAUUGCAAAUUGCUUGAGUUCGGUGCAUAUUUCGCCCCAGCGUAUUAAGCCCAUUCAGGUGACUGAUUACGUACCUUUUCCAUUUUACUCGAUUACAGGAGAAUAUAUCAGCAUAAUACCGAAUACUAAAAUAUCGCCUCACAACAUUAUAACCAUGGCCACCCCAUCCGAGGCCGUCGAGUCCGCAGCGACCACCCCGCGCGAAACAACUACCAAACCCAUCCACAGUCUAGUUCUUGAUACUGGACCUUUGAUCAAGAACGAUCCCUCCGCAAGCGCCUUGAUUGCGCAGGCAGAGAAGCUGUAUAUCCUUCCCUCAGUCAUCCCCGAAAUCAAAGACAAAGCCACACGAACUCGAGUCGAAACUACAAUCCUGCCUUUCGUCACUGUGCGCUCGCCGAACCCAACAAGUUUGAAGUUUGUGCGGGAGUUUGCUCGUAAAACAGGUGAUUUAUCUGUGCUGAGCAAGCCCGAUCUGGAGGUUCUGGCUCUAGGAUAUGAACUCGAAUGCGAAAGAAAUGGAGGCGACUGGCGCUUGAGAAAUACACCCGCACAAAAAGGUCUGAAUGGUAGUCCUCCUCACAAGGAGGGAGAGGCCACAGCAAAUGGAGAAGAGGUGACCCUGUCGGAAACUACAGAAGCAGUUGAUUCUGCCGAAACAACUGCAGAACCAGCUGUAGAAAACGCAGCCGAGGCGGAAGUAGGAGAGAAGAUUGAGAACUUGGACAUCCAAGAAACAAAUGGUGCCGAUAUCGAGGAACCUGUGGCCGACCAGACUGAACAGGCUGAGCAGCCCGAAGAGGUCGAGGAGGCUGCCGAGGACGAAGAUGGCGAUGCAUCAGAUGACGAUGGCGACUGGAUUACGCCGUCCAACUUGACAAAGCACAAAGCCAAGGACAGCACCGCCUCCACCCCAUCCCAAGUCCCCCAGAAGACUCUCCAGGCUGCCGUCCUGACCUCUGAUUUCGCCAUGCAAAACGUCGCGCUCCGCAUGAACAUGAACCUCGUCACCCCCGCAUUCACCCGUAUCACACACCUCAAGACCUGGGUCCUCCGCUGCCACGGCUGCUUCAAGACCACUAAGGAUAUGGACAAGCGCUUCUGCCCCAACUGCGGCCAGCCCAACCUCACCCGCACCAGCUGCUCCACCGACCAGCACGGUAACUUCAAGAUCCACCUGAAGAAGAACUUCCAGUGGAACAACCGCGGCAACAUCUACAGCGUGCCUAAACCCACCCACGGUAGCGCCAACGGUAGACUGGCCAAGAACUCUGCUGGUCAAGGCAACUGGGGCAGCGACCUCAUCCUCGCCGAGGACCAGAAAGAGUAUGUCCGUGCUAGCGAUGCCCAGCGCCGAGCCAAGAAGAAGGAUCUCAUGGAUGACGACUAUCUCCCCAACAUUCUCAGUGGUGACCGAUCUGGCGGAGGCAAGAUCCGCGUUGGCGCUGGAAGAAACGUCAACUCUAGGCGCAGAAACUAAAUAGACCGUGCCUACGGGGUUAUAAUGAGUUUGGACAAAUUUUGCAUUGGGCUGGUAUUUUUUUCGGGUAUAUCUGGGAGCAUCCAACAGUCGUUGUCUUGUUUUCUACCUUCAUGAACACAUCAUCUUUCCGUCGUACAUUUCACAUAGACCAUUU